GUUUAACAUGUACCUGUUUUAAACUUCCUGAAGUGAAAAAAAGGAUUAUACAAACAAGUGUGUCAUUAUUAUCAUGAAACAUGACAUGAUGUUUGUGAAUGUGAUAUUCGUGAUGAUGUUAGUGGUCUACUCUGAUACCCUCACCCUGAACCUGACCUACGGACCCAGUCCAGCCCUUGAAAACACCCCAGUAACACUAACAUGCUCCUACACAGGACUACAGGCUGGUGAGAAUUUAUCUCACACAACUUUGACUGUUACACAUCGGAACGAAUCGUCACGUACUAAAGGCAGGAUUAUCUUGCCGGAAUGCUCUACCUUCGGAUAUAUCGAUUCUGCUCUAUACAGUUAUUCCUGUGCAAAUGGAACUUUGAAAUGGACAAUUCGAAACAUCAACAGGACAAACAAUGAAGAAACAUGGACAUGGGUCCUUGUAACAACCAACCAAACUGAAGUAGCGUCCAUCAACCUCAUUGUAACAGUCCCCAUUACGUCGGUGAGCCUUACAAAACCCACCGAAUCCACAGUGACGAUGAACGCUGGCACUUCUGAGACGUUCAUAUGUAGGACAUCAGGUGGACUUCCCAAAGCCACGAUCAAAUGGUUCAAGGUGACAGGGAACACGUGCUCUCAGUCUGGCACGGAGAUAGUAUCUUCAGUUUCCAGCCCAACUGUCAGUGUUUUGGACAACUUAAAGCUAGUAGAAAGUACCCUGACUUUCACCGCUUUAAGUACAGAUAAUCAACUGAGAAUAUGUUGCAGUGCCAGUAAUGUUGCCGGGAUACAGCGUGUGUCAGCGACCAAAAUGCUUGAUGUCAGAUACGCGCCAUCCGACCCUCCAGUUAUCGAAGGAUACGCCAGUGGAAGUACUUACAGUAUGAUAGAAAACAGCACAGAAAGUCUUGCAUGCAGCAGUACGGGUGGCAACCCACUGGCAAUUCUAACAUGGAGCUGCUUUAACAACCAGAUGUCCAAUCCUACUGUACAGGAAAGUACGAUAAAAAGGGCAGUACAGUGGACAGCCCGGCGAAAUGAGAACGCCAGAUGCACGUGUACAGCCUUGCAUGUGAGCAGACCAAAUCAGCCCAAGAGUGCUUUUAUCAACGUUAACAUUCUAUAUCCGCCAUCUACACCUCUUUUUAGAGUGUCAAAUAUUGACGUUGGUAAUAGCAUCAGGAUCGUUAGAGACAGUACACAAACUGUUGAAUGUGACAGCUCCGGCAACCCAUCUCCCACUACGAGCGACUUUACCUGGAGAAAGGGCUUCAAUGUAGUGAGCACGGAUUCUGUUUUGAACUGGCCGGGUGGAGUCAUAAUUGGUGAUGAAGGCAACUACACGUGUACCGUAGAAACAACUAUGACACCAUCCGACCAAAGUAAAAAUGCCCAAGUUGCUAUGAUUUCAUCAACGGUAGCAAUAACCGUGCUGUAUCCUCCAAAGCUUCUGACUUUACACAGACGAAAUGCAGUAGAAGGAAGUUCUUAUUUCCUUCAAUGUCAAUAUACUGACGGAAACCUGAGAACAACAAAGGCAAUGAUCACACGAGCCGCUGACGGUGUUACUUGGAGUGGGGACUCUCAUACAUUCCUCUCAAUCAACCGCGCAGACGCAGGUUUAUACAGAUGUACAGUCGAGAACUCGAUGGAUCCUACUGGAGCAGAGAUACAGACUGGGAGGGACACAUCGGACUUUGAGAUUAACGUCUGGUACAAUACAUCGAUUACAAGAUUUGACGUCAGUGCCUUUCCAAACCAAAACAUCGUAACAAUCAAUGAGGCGGACCACAUUGUGCUCGUAUGUGAAGUUAUAAGCAACCCCCCAAAUUCUACGGUUAGAUUGAAGAAAAAAAACAUGGCAACGAUUCUAAUGGAGAGAAAUAAUGUUUUCGAUGUAGAUUUCGUAAUUCAAAAUGCCUCAUGCUCUGAUGCUGCUAUUUACACUUGUUCUGCAUUCAACAACUACACAUAUAUGGAAAGAGCGCCAUCUAAAGAGUUGCAGUUGUUAGUGAGAUGCUCUCCUAGACCAUCCGACAGUCAUGAUUAUUUGAGACGAAAUUUAACUGGAACCGUGCACGGAAAUGUCACUUUUUCCUUUAUGGCGGUUGCAUAUCCACCGCCGAUGUUUGAAUGGCAAAUGUGGAAUGGAACAUCGUAUAACAUAGUUCAUGGGGACAAAUAUGUUAUCACAUCACUAGAUCUUUUCACAUCAUUAACCAUUUUGAAUAUUCAACAGGACGAUUUUGACUUAUACAUUUUGAAAGUUUCGAAUGGAAUACAACCACCUUUACAGGAACUCUUUUACCUAGGUCCUCAAGAUGUGCCUCGGUGUCCUACACACUUUACCGUGCUUUCAAAGUCUACUACAUUGGCAACAGUGCAGUGGAAUGGAGGGUUUAAUGGAGGACUUCAGCAGACAUUUGUUCUGUUUUACAAGAAGCGAUCUGACUCAAAAUACUUUCCUAUUUAUGUGCCAGAAGAUAAAGAAACAUUGAUAUACAAUACGGAACUAACAAAUUUAGAAGACGGUCAAAUCUACGAUGUAAUCUUAUAUUCAAUGAACCCAAUUGGUCCUUGUGUAGAAAAUAAGUCAAUAGAAAUUGUAACGGAUAAAAUUUCAGAAGACAUACCUCCAAAGCAUGCACCUAUUAUUGGUGGUGUAGUUGGUGGAAGCCUCGGGGUAGUUGUUGCUGUAAUCGUCUUAGUGUUAUUUCUGGGGCGAAAGAACACAUUGAACUGUUCCUUAUCGAGAAAAAAAGAUAUACAGUCAGGUCAAAAUGGCCAGGGUGCUGACAACCCGAAAUAUAACGCUGCCGUUACGUACGAAGUUGUGUCAGCGACAAAAGAGAAGCCGGUUUACGAUGCUUUAACUGUUGGAAACAAUGGACUCGAGAACUCGCACGUGUACACGCCGUUGGAGGAAUUAAAUCAAAAGUCACAUGCUUAUUACGAGAAUGUUAGGAGAGAAGAUCCCGUUUACAAUAACACGGUGCUGAAAAAAACCGGACAGACAGUUCUUUAAUCUGUCAAAUAACUGGAACUUGUUAUAAAGAUGAUGUGCAUUUAAAUACAGUAUAGUUAUGUUGUGACUUAUUUUAAUUAUAUUCUGAUAUACAUUGUUUAAAUUACAUGUACUGAAAUAUGUACUUAACAGAGAAAAGGGUUGUGGUCAACAAUAAGUCAGAUCUUACCACUAACACUUUAUUGAUCUUAGGUUAAUACAUACACGCGUCCGAACCGGAUUUAAACGGAAGAACAAGUGAGAAAGGCGCCAAAAUAAAGAAGGGCGGACAAUUGAACAUUAGGCAAUGAGAAAGAGUUCCCUCCCUUAAUUAUUAUUAAAUUUCCUCAAAAUUAUUUAAAGUAUGAAAUAAGGACACUCUCUCCAUACAAGUAUAAUACGUAGUUAUCGUUAUUCGUUCUGUGUUAUUUUUCAGGACCCUAGUGCAUAUAUGAGCUUAUGCUAAUCUAAGGCAUAUUUUUAUAAGAAAAAAAU